AUGGAAUAUGACGAAGGAUAUUUUUUUAGAAUCUAAAAUAAUCUUAUGAUCAGUCUAUAAUAAAAAGAGGCUCAGAUCAAUCUGAACUAUCGUAAAUAUGGUCAUUUUUAUUUACCGGAUUUAGUCUCAGCUCUACCUAACUUUACUAAUGUUGAAGAUUUCUAUAUUAAUCUUUCAUACAGUAAAUUCCCUCCAAACUAAGCUUUAUAAGAUGUGAUCAUUGGACUGUCAAAAUUAACCACAAUUUCAAAAUUUGGUAUUUGCCUUAAGAUGAAUAAAAUAAAUGACAAUUAUAAAUUGGAUUUAGGAUCUGAUUCUGUGUGGUGUUCUUAAAUCUUAAGUCUAUCACUGGAUCUUUGCAGUAAUCAAUUUGGUGAUUGCUUUACAACUGAUCUAGGGAGAGAAAUAUCAAAAUUUACUAAUCUUUCUACAUUGUGUCUUGAUCUAACGUUUAAUGCGAUAAGCGAUUUAGGAGUUUCAAAUUUAAUCUGUAGUCUAACAAAAUGCGUUCAUUUAUCACACUUAAAUCUUGGUUUUAAGUCUGAUAAAAUUACAGACAAAGGUUUAUCUGCUUUAGGGAAUCAAUUAUCUUAAUUUGAAAAUCUGACUAAUUUAUAUCUAAAAUUAGGUUGGAAAAAGACAAGCUAUCAUAGUGUUUCUAUUUUAUGUUCUGGGUUAGCAAAAUGUGAAAAACUUUCUACUUUUACAUUUAUCCCUUAUGAAUUUCAGCUUUAAGAAUUAGUUGAAUUAAGCUCUGGUUUGUAAAAAUGCACGAAUCUGUCAAUUCUCAAGUUCACUUUUUUAGAACUUUUUAAUUAAGCAAUUAACAAAUAACUUUCUUAGUUCUUAUUUGGAUUAGCAAAAUCAGCUCACCUUUAAACUUUUGAAUUAAAAUAUAAAUUUAGCAAUAAUGGUGAUGAAGUGGCACGAGAUAUACUAAUUGGACUAGCAAAGUUCUCUAAUCUCUCUAACUUAUCUUUAGAUUUAUCAUAUAACAAAAUUAGUGAUUAGGGUGCCUCAGAUAUUGGUUUAGGUCUAUUAAAAUGUACCAGCAUUUAAAUAUUGAAACUUAAUUUAGACUCUAAUAGAAUUGGUGAUGAAGGUGCUUCAAAAUUAGUUUCUUCUUUAGUAAAAUUUUAAAACCUUAAAUAUUUAGAUUUGAUGAUAUGGAGUAUUUAUAUUAAAGAGGAGUGUGUGAAUAGGCUAAAAAAUAGUGUUUUAAAAAUAAAGAGAUUAGUUAAUUGUCAAUAUUAAGUUUUAUGUGAUUACUCUGGUGAAGCUUAAGACGAAAUCAAUGAUUAUUAUUAUGAAGAUGAUGAAGAAUAUGAUGAUUUAUAUGUAUAAUAAAUCGAUCAGUAAGAUAAUUAAGAAAUUAUUAUAUAGCAAGAUAAUUUUGAAUUCCAGGAAAAUAGUUUAUGA